UGCCCAUCUGUCAAUUAGUCCACUUCCGGUAGCUCGUGUCAACAGCAAGUGGAAUUUACGCAAGUUUAUUUAUUGUCAAACCGAGAAAUCCCCGGGUUUUCUAGACAUGAUUUUGUGGACCAGGAACCAGAAACAUGUAUUGUAGAUGACUGGAGGCAGUUUUCGUUUCUUAAACUGGUUUGAGUGACUUUGUAGUAUACAACAGACUGCUCAAAAUGGGUAUUUUGUUCUCAAAGCUUUGGAGUUUGUUCACAAAUGAAGAACAUAAGGUGAUAAUAGUUGGCUUGGACAAUGCAGGGAAGACCACAAUUUUGUAUCAGUUUUUGAUGAACGAGGUUGUCCACACGUCACCCACUAUCGGCAGCAAUGUGGAGGAGGUUGUGUGGAAGAACAUCCACUUCCUCAUGUGGGACAUCGGUGGACAGGAGACGCUCCGGUCGGCCUGGAACACAUACUACACCAACACAGAGUUUAUAAUCAUCGUGAUUGACAGCACAGACAGAGAGAGAUUGUCCUUGACGAAGGAAGAACUGACAAAGAUGAUGCAUCAUGAGGAUCUGAGGAAGACGUCAGUGCUGGUAUUUGCCAACAAGCAAGACAUCAAGGGAUGUAUGUCGGCGGCGGAGAUCUCUCAACAGUUGUCUCUUACCUCAAUCAAAGACCAUGUAUGGCAUAUACAGGGAUGCUGUGCCCUGACAGGGGAAGGGUUGUACCAGGGUUUAGAAUGGAUAACAAACCAUUUGAAGAAACGGUGACAGAUGGGAUGAAUAGACCAUACACGCUCUGUAGCACAGAUGGCUGCCAUGGAAACAAUCCUAGAAAUUAACAAGCAUUACAAGUUAUAAAGACAAAGAAGAGACAGAGAGUGCCAAUGGCAGGCCAUUCUAAGUUAAAUCGGAGAGAGAAAGGAAUAAGUUAUAAACUUUUCUCAAGGUGCUUUCUUUAAGCGAAGGUAGUUGUGUGGAUGUGGAACUUGGUUCUCGGCAAUCAGGAUGUAAACUAGCAGUACUGUAACAUGGAGUGGGAUUUACAAAAGGAUGUGGAUUAUCAUGUGCACGUAAUAUAAAUUUCCAAAUUAUCAUCCAUCAUUUCACAUGCUCAGAACUGUGAAAAGGAACUGAGGAAUGACUAUGUAUUUUGCAUUUACGAAAAUCAAUAAUGUAUAUUUUAUUCAUGUUUCAGGUAAUAUCAUUUUCGAAGUGUCAUUAUGUAUGUAUUCCUAUGCUGUUGUCUCCCAAAAACUUGUGUUCCUCUAUUUUGUUUGUAUUUGUGUGAAGAAUAUCUGUUUUACACCUCGCUGCCUAGGAGUACAGAUUCAGGAGCAUUGAAAUAUUUCAUUCCUAGCUUUAAUUCAGUUUGUCACUAUAUCCUCUUGCGUAGAGACAGUGCUCAUUACAAGACUCACUUUUGGCUCAAAAUCAAAUAUUCUUUGAAUGUCAGAGAAAAUACUUCUUAUGAUAGUAUAUUGUGUAUGUUUAUGACGAGAAUAUAAAUAUUUUGAUUGCUAUCCGAUUGCCAAUAAACAAGGAAGUAUAAAAAGGAAUAUUUUAUUUAAAAAAAAACCCUUUGUUUUAGCCAGUUAUAUAUUGUUCAGUGUGAUUAUUUCUUGUAAUUGCGAAUAUGUGUAACAUAUUUUUAUGAGUUAUGAAUGUGUGUAUUUUGAGUGUACUAUCAUCUGUAUAUGGCAUUUCAGUUCUGAAAAGACAAAAGUUAUAUUAUGGGCUGUAAAUCGGUCAGUAACCAUCCUCAGUGAUUCAGGGUAUAAUAUUUCCAUUCAGUUAGGAUAAAUACCCUGAACCCAUUGGCCACUUUUGACUCAAUAAGAAGCUAUGCUGGUGUAUAUAUGCUAACAGAAUGAAGAUAUAACACACUGAAUAAUCUAGGAUGGUCAGUAACAGAUAUAUAUAUAUAUAUGGAGAUGUUUUAUCACUUUUAAGAACAGCUUUUCAAAGUGACAGUAUAUUUCAUUUAAGAACCUGCUUAAGCACUGUUAAUGAUGCGGUCGGGUAGCCUAGUGGUUCAAGUGUUCACUCGUCACGUCGAAACCCGACAUGGGUAAAAUGUGUGAAGCCCAUUUCUGGUGUCCCCCGCCAUGAUAUUGCUGGAAUAUUGCUAAAAGUGGCGUAAAACCAUACUCGCUCACUCUCUCACAUUAAUAAAACAACAUACAAUUUAAAAUUUUGUGAAACUUCACCAGUUCCGUAACUGAAAACAAAUAUGGUGAAAGGGAGGUAACUCUUUCUGUAACAAACUAGGAAUCUUGUCACCAAGUUACCUAUCUCAUGUAAAUCUAGUCCACAGAUGAAAGUUAAGUAUUAUUUGUGUGUCUCACGAUAAAAUAAUGCCAUAUUAUUUUGUACAGUACCCAUACGUAUAUGAAGAAUCUUUGAGGAUUAUGGACUGGUCAUUUAUGGGGCGGUGGGGGGUGUCAGUGAGAUUUUAGCAUGUUUAGUGGAGGUUAUGAAAAAUGACAACGAAAGAGGGGUAGUUGCCAAAAUCUAUCACAACUAUAUGAGGAUGGGGAGCAUGAAAAAAUGACAGUUUUAAUAUUCCUGAUAAACAAUAAAAAUUAACAUCAUUUUGGGACUGGUCAAUUUUUAAUCGGAAGAGGAUGAUGAAAUAAUUUUACAUAAAAUGGAGGCGGGGAGGGGGAAUAUGAUACAGUCCGAAUACCAUCCUUUCUUCCCCAUCUCCCCCCAUAAUAAAUUACCAGUUCCUUUAGGACUAAGUAGUAAUGAAAAGGUGAAGUGUUUGGCCAUUUGUUACAAUUUUUGUGUUCGUAGAUUGAGUCAAUAUUUUUCUUUUACCCCUUCUCCUGCUAUUUACAAGAUACAAGAUCAAGCUGUUUUGAAUGUGAUCAUUAUGUUGAUACCCAUCAGUUUAAUUUGAAACUUCAAACCACACUUGUAUGUGAUACUUGUUUUUUCACUUUCAUGACAACAGUGCUACGUACGAAACUAAAUCUGCUUUCUCAGAUAAUGAGUCGUUCCUGUAAAUUUUAUUUUUCGUUUUUAAGUUAGGUGGCUGUUGAGAGAUAAGGCUAUUGACAGUCACCAUAGUUAUUGUUGGAACAAAAUGACAAGUCAAGUUACCAUGGUUACUGAUGGAACUAGAUGACAAGUCAAGUUGCCAUGGUUACUAAUGGAACUAAAAGACAAAUAAGGAGUCUUCCCAUACUUCAACAUGAUAGAAGCUUUACUUUUUAAAUUGCUUUCGAAGAUGCUUUCAUUUAUUCAAUGCUAUUGCCAUUGUUUGUUUGUUUCAGAAGCUGGUCAACUGAUUUUAAGUAUUGAUAACUUUACGAUAUUCAGGAAAAACUUUUCCAUGUUUUGCCAUGUACAAAAAUCAGGGGGAAAUCCUUUAAAGUACUGUAGAAUAUGUGAAACAAAAAGUUUCUACUGUUUCAGGGGCAUUGCUACAUGCAUUAUAUGUCAAUAAAAAACAUCACUACAAGUUAUGUGUUGUAUAAAUUUGGAUCAAUCUUUUUAUUAAUUUUUAACUGUACAAAGUUACACUUUUUGCACUGGGACUUGCAUUACCUUCCUUGCUGCAUCCAAGCUUAUGUUUAUUAUUGCCUAUCCAAACCUCUGAAUAUCCACGGCUCAUUUCAGUGGGGUUUAUUUCUACUUUGGUGGGAUAUUUAUAAAAGUGCUCGCAGUAAAUCAAAGUGAGACGUGUCACAGUCACCUUCCCUGCCGGAGAAACAUUUAGGGACCAGUCAUUAAUUAUAGGGGAGGGUCAUAAAAAAAUAAUAGACAUAUUUGGGGAGAGUCGUUUAUAAACACAAAUUUUAUAAUAAAAUAUAAUGUGAUUUUGCAUUUUGUCUUUUCAGGAAGGGUCAUGAAUAAAAUGUACAAGGAUCUAGGAAGGGUCAUCCAAUAAUGGGACUAGAAUGAGCAUGCAUAUAUAUGCAUCAAUUCAAAUUUCAUACGAGUUGACCAUGUGCAUGCAAAAAACCCUCAAUUUCAAAUACUGUUUUUCAAUGUAAUGUGAGUCCACCUUUUUUAGCUUUAAUUUCUUUGGGAAAAUUCCAUCCUUUUUCUUCAGAUGAAGUCUUUGUUGGAGGAUGUGGAAGAGAACAAUAAAGUUUUUCCUUGCUCAGAAAAUGGUUAAAUAGUUACUUUCUGAUCUGUAAAACAAGUGAUUUUUUUUGUCUGGAUUCAAUUCAAACAGUGUCCUUUAUACAGUGCGGCUGUAGUUAGAAAAAUGUUUGUGUGUUAUGGUAAUAUUUAAUGUAGUUUAAAUAAAAAUAGGUUGGAACCUUAGAAUUCAGCAAAUAACAACGAACUGAAGAUUUAAAACUUGAUCAGUAAGUUUUUGCAAUUUCAAUAAAACAUUUCUUAAGCAUUUUAGAA